AUGCAUGCAGUUGUUAGAAGCCUCGCUCGAGCAAUAUCAAGUCCGUUGAAUUUACAGCCUUGCUCAUCAACCGGUGCCAAAUUUAAUGGAGUUAUUCCUACGGAAUCUAUAGAGAAACGUUACACGCUCAGCAGUGGUCCUGGCGGUCAAAAUGUUCAGAAGAAUGCUACCAAGGUCGAGAUCAGGUUCAACCUCAAAGAGGCCAAUUGGUUAUCAGAAGAGUUGAAGGAUGGUCUUGCAAGACGUCUAGCAAACCGAAUAAAUUCUAAAGGAGAACUGAUCAUUGAAAGUGAACGAACCCGUGAAAGGCAUUUAAAUCUGGCUGACUGCUUUGACAAAUUACGUUCGACUAUUUAUGAUGUUGAAAGGAGUAUGAAUUCACGCCUGGAAACCGAGGAGGACGCAGAAAUCAUUCGAAAGAAAGCGGCUCUGGCAGCACAGCACCGUUUAGCAGAGAAAAGGAAAGCCGCAGAGAAAAGACGCAUGAGAUCAGUCCAAGUUUGA